AUGAUGACACGGCUGUUCUGGCCGAUCGUGGCGCUGGCAUGCAUGAUGGCGAUGACGACAGCCGUUGCAAAUGAGGCUGCCGAGCAUCUGACAGAUAGUAGCUAUAGUAUCAUCUUCUCCCGAGAGCCUGCGCCGCAACUACUCGACAAGGAGCGGUACUACCCGAUGCAACUCAGCAACGGCUCUGCGUAUGUCUGUGUUCUGCCUGAGGAGCAACGGAAGCGGGAGGAGACCGGGAAGCGCUUUGAGGUGAACAGUCGCCUGCCAGCGCAUGUGGUGAGCAGUCUACACCACAUCUUCCGUGACUGGUGCUUCAACACGGUAGAUGGGUGGUGGACCUACAUGUUCUGCUGGAACAACAAGGUGGAGCAGUUCCACGCGCCCCCACUAGUCCUGCGCGACGGGAAACUCCUGGCAGAGUCGUCUCGGGCGCAGUCGUAUUUUCUUCUUGGCGCCGCCCCACCAAUAGACACGAUGGACUUCCGCUACGGAAUGGCACCCUCCGGUGAGCGGUACAUCUACACGAAGUACCGCAACGGCGAUGUGUGUGACCUCACCCAGACCCCGCGCAUGACGGAGGUGCGUAUGUACUGCGCGCCUGAAGGCGAGAAGAGCAGUUUGCGAGUGCAUGAGUCGGAGGUGUGCCGCUACGUGGCGAGAGUGAAGUCACGGCGUGCGUGCAUUCCGGAGCUCCAACGGCAGGUGACACGGAGUGUGAUCACAUGCCACGAGUUGUCCUACACGCAGAAGUAA